GGGGUGACGUGUUUUAAUUUGUUAGCUUUAUUUUAUUUUUUUAGGAGAAGCAUGGGGAAAACACACUUUUAUGCGUUGUGGUCCUUACACGAAGCACCUCGUCAAUUUAUCAGUAACGUGAACCGCAGCAGCUACCAGCUCCAGAUCCCACUGCCGCUUCCCAGGCAGCUCGUCGUGUUCAGUCUGGGAGACUGGACCUCAUUUUCUUGCGACACAACAGUGUUAAUUGAGGUGUUUGUUAGCCCGGAUGUGAAACCACAGAAAAUUGGGAUUCUUUCAUCUCAUUCAAGUUGUUUGGUGUGGCAAGGAGACUGGUCAGGGAGUCUUUUAAAUGAAUCUACAACGAAGGCAAGAAGAGGUGGAUAUGCCAAAGUGUUGCUCACUGUCUGUGGAGAGGUGCGAGCCAGCUUUUUUAGUAGUACACCGCUCGUGAAAAGGCGACGACGAGCCCCCAAUCAGUCCACCAAUUUUUCCCAGACCCUUCUGAGCAGUGCUAGCAGCAACAACAAUAUCAUCACCUCAGAAACAUCUCAGAGAACAUCACCAGAGGACAGUUAUGUGGAGCUCAAAACAAGCAAAGGGGAGAUUCAAAAUAUCAGCCUCAGAACAUCAGGAGUUUGGGCUUUGGAUAAAUCUCCCAAAAAGACUGUGAUACAAAAAAGAGGAUAUAGUUUGAGUUCUGAGGGAUCAGAAACAAAGCAGAUGUCAAGCCAAGAUUCAAGCCCCAAGAAGUGCAAACAGACCAUAUAUACAUCACAAAACGAGAGGACGGAAAUUGAAAGGGCAAGGAAUUCUCGGGCAGAGCAUCCGUCAAUGCGCUGGAACCAUACCAUGUGUUUAUGUGAUCCUGACACCGCUGUUUUGAUUGGUGGUGAGACUGCAGACCAAAACUACUGUACAGACUCCAUAUGGAAGCUGGAGAUAGAUGGUGAUUUUUGGUUCCCCAUGAACUCUUCUACAGUUGGGCCACUCCCUCCCAGCUCUCAAGGCCAAUCGGCAGCUUUUGACCCUGACAAUAAGGUUGUUUAUGUAUAUGGUGGGCAUAAAGAAGGUCAACGCUAUAGUAAUAUAUAUAUCCUGGACACACAGACAUGGAAGUGGAAACUUAUCGAAGCAAAAGGCAGUGUCCCAUCAUUAGCAUAUCAUAGCUGCAGUAUUUAUAAGAGUGAGCUGUAUGUAUUUGGAGGGUUGCAGCAAAGACGAGCUAAUGGAGCCAAAGUUUGUAGUAAUGCCCUUUACAUCUUCAACCCUGAACAUGGGCUCUGGUACAAACCAAUCGUUGAAGGGCAGCGUCCUCUGCCUAGGUUUGGGCACUCCAGCACCCUACUGGCUGACAAACUGGUGAUAUACGGAGGCAGAAAAACAGCUGCCUACCUCAACGACCUCCACAUUUUAGACCUUGGAUUUAUGGAAUACACUGCAGUGAAAUAUGAAAACUUGCCACCCCUUGCCCGUGGGUUUCAUGCUGCUCUGCCCGUGUCUGACAACAGGGUGAUGAUCAGCGGAGGCUGCGGUGCUUUAGGAGCACUACAAGAUCUCCAUCUCUUCAAUAUAGAGACAAACUGCUGGACAUCAUUGGUGUGUCCGCUGCUCUGCUCAAAGCCUCGUGCUGGACACAGUCUAAUCAGUCUGACCGGCACGGCACCAUCACACACUGAUGAAAUGGACCAGGAAGAUGGCCUUUAUACCUGUCCUUCCAUAGAGUACACCAUCUUGGUGUUUGGGGGUUCGGAUUGCACUGGCACAUUUUAUGAUGAUGCAUUUAAAUGCGUCAUGAAGAUCCCUGCUGAAGAGGAGGGACUAGAUGUAAAAGCAACUCACAAGAUCACAAUGCAUGGCUGAGAUACUUGAGACUGAUGUUAUUCUAAAAUGUAUUUUUCCCCCUUUACAGCACUUAUAAAAGGAAAUGGAACUUUUUUUUUUUUUACAUUUAUUUUAAAGUUGAUUUUACAGAUUUAAACAGCUGCUUGGCAGCUACUGUUUAAUUUGCCUAAUACAAAUUAAGAUUUUUACUUUCAGUACCAUUAUUUUUUUGCAAGUCUAGAAAUUAACAACACUGGUUGUUCUUUUUGUCCAAUAAAUAUUGGCACCUUUUUUUUUC